UGCGAAGAAAAAAUAAAAAUUUAAAUAAGAUGCAUUUUCAAACGAAAAACUUGUAACAAAAUGUGUUGUAACAUUAAGAUAAUCAUAAAGUUAAUGCUAGUGUGUAAAUUUAUUAGAAAUAAUACGAAUUAGUUGGGUAAAAAAGCCCUCAUUCGAAAAGUGGCUGCGGUUAUGUGAACGGACCCAGCCCUGAAAGUGCGAAAAAUCGAAGUCACAACAAAGAAAAUACAGGAAGAAAAAAAUUAUUUUCCAUGUCCAAAGUGCAAUAGUUUUGUGAAAAAGCAUAACAAACUACAGGCAAAUCACUAUGGAGGAUGAGGAAAACGAAAUUAACUUCGGAUUUGCCGAUGCAGGAACAUGGAAUUCCACGGGCCACAUCGCCCUAGAGAAUAUGAAAAUCGAUGCUCCGAUGAUAUGGCUUCUCUGUUCCCUUUUGACUUCUAUAACAUGGGUAACUUAUAUUACCUUCUACAAUUCCCGCUUGAUGGGAAUGUUAAUAACGAAAAUUGCAAAUCGCUGGUUCAUUAAGGGAGCGUUCUUUAAGAUUGGUUCUGUAGCCCUAAAUCCUUUAGCUGGUAAAAUUAUGUUUCGCGAUUUUGUUUACAUAACCUUUGACUAUUCGGUACGAAUACAAGACGGUUAUUUUAUAUUUCGAUGGUGGCGUUCUUAUGUUCCAAAAGACGUAUCCGAAGAUUUGUCUCAUUCGGAUACAAGAUUGUCAGUGCAAUUAAAUGGAUUUGAGUUGCACAUAUAUAACCGAUCUCAGCUUUAUGAUGAGUUAGAGAGAACAUUUGGUUUAAAGCCCUCAGUGCUCAUACCGACUGAUUCUCUUUCCACGGAAGAGCGUGUCAAACUUAAGGAACAUACCAUGAAUAUGGAAAAUGCUCGCCAAAGCAAACGACAAAGUGUUAAACAUUCCGAAGCUAUGAAAGCCACAACGUGGCGUGAUCUCAUACCUGUUAUUAAAAUUGACAUAUGCUCAGGACGUUUUGUAUUUGGCAAUCGUCUGACACCGACAACAUUAUCAAUAUCCAUGGAAGAAGCCCACUGUACAUACAGUACAAAGCCCGCUGUCUGCCGUCUAGAUCAUUUUAUGCAUUUCGUUAAGGCAAAAAUUGAAAGUGCAAAAGUAAUGUUUGCGCCCAGCCCUAAAUAUACAGGUCUUGUGGAUGAACCUCCUCGCUACAUGGGCGAAGGUUUUGUUGUAAUGAUGUCAAACCAGAUGGAUUUGUAUUUUUAUAUGGAUGAGCCGGGAGUGGUGCCCGAAGAGCCUGUUCACAUUAUUUUGGCCAAUGGUGAUAAAGUGGAGCCCCCACCACCCGUUUUGGGUAUCGAAAUCAAAUGCUUGAAAGGCACCGACUUUAGUUAUGGCCCAUGGGCCGACAGGCAGAGAGAUCAUCUGUUUAAAUUCUUCUAUCCUCCCGAUUGGAAAGAAAUGCAAGUAACACCAACACCCAAACCAGGAGAAUUGCGAAGUUAUCAAUGCUUUGACGUCACAUUGUGUGUUCUUAAUGAAGCACAAAUUGAUAUUUUGUUUUCCAAGGAGAAAGAAACCAACGCUAUGCAUAUAACUGUGGGAUCGGCAUCAUGUGUUGAAGUGACUAUUCCCUGGGUCACCCUUGCCGAUGGCUACACUUCCAAAAUUCAAGGUCAAUUGCUUCAUGUUGAAGCCACAACUUCAUUGCAAUAUCGAAGUUUAGCUGAAUUUGAAUCGCUGGAAUACAAAGUCCGCAUACACUAUCCUACCAAAUGGAACGCCCCCCAAAGUUGGAGCAUUUCAUUGUCGGGUUGCAAAGCCACCGCCUAUAUAGUGUACAAGCAUAAAUGUUUCUUUCAAGAUCUCAUCGAAGAUUGGGCAAGCAAAGCCAGACCCGAUAUCUUAACUUUUGUGCCAUAUACAUGUAAAUUUAAUAUACUCCUGAAUGAAUUUGAAAUUCUUACGUUGUGCAAUGAGUACAACUGGAUAGAUUGUUCCAGUGCCAACCAGGAAAAUAACCACUUGGCAUUUUGUGGAGAUGUCUUCGAUAUGAGUUUUGCUUUGCCCUUUGAAGAGUUUUUGCCCAAAACUGUAACGCUGAAGUUUUGGAUACAUGGUGAAGGCUUAGAUUUGAGUCUUUAUGUGCCCGAGGUGUCCUCCACAAAGCCCAUUGUAUUGGCCAUCGAUGAAAAUGCCCGCCUGUUGACCAGGAGCGGUAAGGUAAAGAUCCGUCCUGAAUUGUAUACGAAAAAAUGGCGUAAGAUAUGUCAACGAUCUGCCGGUUGGAUAGAUUGUUGGACAGUGCCUAUUGUGGCUCUCUCAAUACAAUAUGUUUAUCACCCCGCCCCACCCUUGGGCCCGGUUCCUCAAGCUGAUAUUACAACACCUGAAAAAGAAGAAAUUUUGCUCAGUCCCAUGCGGAUACCCAAGACCAGAAAAUCACCUAAUCCUAAUUGGCAAAAACCGGCCGAACAACAUAAAUUCGACCCCUCUACUUUGCCAGCCGAUCAUGUAACAGUUGAACUAGAAAUAGGAUCAUCGGUUUUAAUGUGCUAUGGCAAUGUUUUAAGAAAUUUUAUAAAUCUCAAAGAGAAUAUUUUUGGCGAAGACCAGAACUUUACUGACAUGGAGCAAUCAAAUAUAAAAACGAAAGAAAUUCCCCCACAGCCGCCUAUAAAUCCCAAAGAUCAGUUGUUAUCUAAGGACAAAGAUUUGGCCAACAAAUCUAUAUCGGAAGUUACAGUGCCCGAAGAGAAACAAAAGCCUUUCGAUCCGCGUCUUUAUAGACCCUUGGAAGUGAUUGUGUCGGUUAUAAUUCAUGACAUACAAGCGCACGUUAUGAAGAACUGCAAUGAGAAUGAUCCCCCAUGUCCGGUGGUUCUGAUUGAACGGCUGGGUUUUGAAAUGAACAAACGCUAUCACGAAACCACAUUGCAGGUCUUAGUAAGUCCUUCAUAUUUGAUUACAUCGGAUUUGGUAGUGAGGCAGAAUCGGGAAAGACAUAUCAACCAAGGUCAUUUAAUGUUAUCCGCAGUGCAGGUUCGUGGGCAUGCUAUGUUCAGCAAUGAAGGUUGUGCUUUAGAUGAAGACACUUUAGAAUACUCAUGGUUGAUAGAGGUCCAAUUGGGCAAACUUUCGGGAAAACUCACAUUGCCUCAACUUUUUAAUGUGGCGGUGGGUCUGGAAACCUUGGCCUUGCUGGCUGUGGAUCCAGAAAAUUGUCUCAAAUCACCAAAAACCGUACGAAAUUGUCAUCAUGGUGUACCAAGUAAUCAAUGUCCCCAUACCAAGGAGGAAAAUAAAUAUAAAUGCCCCUCAGCGGAGGAUAUUAAAUAUAAAAUGACAAGAGUUUGUGUUGAUGCAGUGAAUGUAUACUUAAUUGAAAGCGGUACAGCUCUGCAUGCUUGGAUCUCACCUAUUCGUUUGGCUAACUGCAAUCUCCAUGGUCAGCGGGUAAAGUCCGGCAUUUCCGGCCUGUUACCUUCAAUAUCGAUAAGACUGCUUAUGUUAAACGCGGGUUGUACACCCAAUAUGACUAACUCUUAUAAUACAAACACAACUGGCAGUAAUCGUUCUGGGAAACUACGCCGCGCCGACCAAGAGUCAGUCAAAUCAGAUAUUCAUCAUGGUGGCUCUCAUCAAGCCAAAGCCAAACGUAGUUCAAACUCCUUUUCUCAGCGCAGAGACUCUCGCGAAGAAUGUUCGCGUAAAUUGCGUGACAGUUUCUCGGAAUGUCGUCGACCCAAUACAGCCGUAUGUGAUAGUGAGUUUUUUGAAAAUUGGGUAGAAGUUGGUUAUACCUCUCUGGGUCCCAUAUUAUUGGAAGGAGCUUCGGCUUUACCUAUACCAGAUCAUAAACUACAUUUAGUGCAGCAUAAUUUCUUACGGGAACAUGAUAUGAAGUUUAAGCGCUUGUGGUUCUUGUGGUCAAAUUCAUCAACGUCUGGAAAUGUUGCAGGUGUUGCUGAUAUAUCCCGUUGUGGCUGCAUUGGGGGUUGUGCUUUCUUCGGCAGCAAUCGAAAUGGCUUAAAAUUUUUCAAGCCAUCAUCAGAGCAAGAUUCGCAGGAUAAUUAUAAUGUGGCAAGAUAUUUCAUAAUUAAUAACAAUAAGGACUAUGGAUUUGGUGAAAGUAUUUUACAUCAAGGCCAAUUAGUUUUUCAUACACCGCCCUAUAGUUUGCAUUCCGUUUCAUUGCAUGAUUCUGCUGAUUUUACUGGCAAGGGCAAGCAAUAUCGUCCUCCGACUGCGGUUAAUGGUAGUUUAAAAAAAUCUGAUAUAACGGCCAAAGAAUUAAAUUCAAAAAUGAAAUUGGGUGGAGCUUCCACUUUGGACAAAGAUAUGAAUGGACGAAAGUCUAGGGAGAGUAUUGGUUCUCCAAAUACCUUGGAGAGACGCAGUAAAAGAUAUUCAUAUUCCACGCAAAGACAAACGUCAGUUGAAGUUCCCUAUGCGCGUUUACUAGACAGCCCAUCGAAAAAACUUCUUCGACAAGAAUCGGCAGAUUCUCAAGUGAUUGUCUAUCGUAGGGGCUCUGAUACGAAUAAUAAAUCACAAAAUAACACAUUACGUGUAUCGCCACCAAAGACGAGUAUUUCCGACUCACGAUUAACGGGAGAGGUUAACGUUGAAGAUGAUCUGGAGAUUCCUGAUGAGAUGUCUCAUUCAGCACCUCAUUCUCAUCCAUUGGAGUUUGAGAUUGCUGAUAUUAAUAUGCAAUCGCAAUUAGCCCAUCAUGACCUGACAAAUGGCGAACAUUUGACAAGGGAAGUUCAACGAACCAUAUCUCUAACAUCAGAAAAUCCUUCAGAAAUGUUUUUCUCAGCCGAAGAAGAUAUAUCCAAUAUGAUGUCACAACGUGGUUCAAUUAAAAAUCACAAUGGUUCGAUUGUAUUUUCGGGUAAAAAGAGAUUUUCUUCCGAUUUAAGUAUUGGCAAUCAAAAUGAAAAUCCGACGCUUUCUUCUUUAAACACCUACAGAAGUGACUUGGAGAUUCAUGCUCCCGAAACGAACAGUAAAUCUUUAUCGAAACGACCUCAAAGCACCACGGAAUUGAACGAAGACGUCAGACGUAUUCAUGGUCUUGCUACACCAAUCAGAAAACUUACAAAUAUCUCAUCAAGACCUGAGUAUCGACAUUUUAUUCAUGAUGUGGAUUCAAGAGCUUCGUCAUCGGGAACACCCUCUUUGUCAUCAAACUCCUUUAUAUCUGCAAUGUCUUCGCAAGAAGAUGUCGCCCUCGUCAACCUGCAUCAGCAAGUGAAUAGACCUAUUAUUGACUCACCACUGCUUAUGGCCAGCUAUUUAAAUCAUUUGUCUCAAGUGAAAUGUUUCAAUUGGACUUCAUGUUCAUUCCCAUCUGGUUCGGAUGUAUUUUCCACACCCUUAUUCCAUGAGAAUGAUGCAGGAGGUCUUACCUACAUCGGCAGCAGAAUGAUACCACAUUUUGAUUUGUAUUCUGCAUGGCGUGAAAUCCAGGUGGUGCCUCGCUAUGAGAAUACCACCGGUAGUAAUAGCUCAGCCACAUUUAUGAGUGGCCCAAAAUCACAUCCAUGGGAUCCCAGUGUUUUGCUGAAAGAAGAGGAAAGCGAUAAAUCCACAAAUGGUUUUGAUGAUGGCGAAUUUAUGAGUCUGCAAGCAGAAGGAGCGGCAUGUACCUCGGUUGUGGCCCGUCUUAAGGGGCAGGUUAACAUAUUUUUAACACCUUUACUAUUGGAAGGAUUACAAAGAAUGGUGGAAGCGGCCAUACCGACAUUUGCGAAUAUGCACCUGUUAACUGUUGUGAAUUACAUACACUCCUCGUGUAUUGGAAAAGUGAAGAAUGAUAACAUUCUAAAACGUGAUCAAUCUUUGAGUUAUUGGUCUCAGGUGCAUUCAAACUCAAAACGCUCCACAACAGAAAGAAAUCUCUUAGGUCCUGGUGAUUCAUUUCUAAGUGACGUUUAUGAGGAGAGUAUUUCAACAAAGACGCAAGGUUUAAUUGUUUUGCCUAAAGUUAGUAUUACAAUGCUGCAAUCGUCAAUAAUUGAAGAAGUUAUAUCUGUUGCUGCAUUGGACAAUGUUCAAGAUCUCAGUUGUGUGUCCUUGUUGACUUUCUAUAUUGAAGGUGUUUCCACGAAAUUUCAUUUGGGUAAAACAACACGUGCUUCCAUGCACAAUGUUUAUAUACAACAAACUGUGCAAUCCAAUAGUCAUAAAAAAGGUGGCAUUAUGAAGGGAACGCGAGCCCUAUUGGCCCAUCUCUCAUCACAAUCGCGUCCAGAUAAUGUGCAAGGUGAGCCAAUACUUAUCGAAACUUCUGAAAAGCAGUUGGAGGAACUUGUCAUUACUCUUGAUGUGGGUCGAGCUCAUGCUCAGCUAAGACGUUUGAAGACCGAGAGUACCACUGGUCAGGAAUCUCCCAUAAUGGUUACUGCCAUACCAGAACCUAAGAGUAAAGUUUUGUUUGAAUGCUUGAAAAAGACCGACAACACAGGCGUUGAUAGCAUUGGUUACAUAAUGUUCGAAUGCGGUCUUGAAGGUGUUGGUGUGAAAAUCGUCAAACGUUCACAUUUUGAAAAGUCUGAAAAUUCGAAAGAAGAAUUGGCUGAAAUGGCCGAAGAUGGUGUACUAAAUGAUUUGGUGGAAAAUGUCACAGUUACAACAUCGGCUGCAACUAAUAAUACCCACAUUGAUGUGUCUGCAACUUCACGGGCCGAGGCUGCAUGGCGUUUGCUAACUAAGAAACCACCAACACCCAAGACACCAAAAGAGAAAUUCCAAAAUGCUUUGGAAAAUAUCAUAGUAACCGAGCGAGCAGAUCCUGCUUAUGAUAAUCGAAAAUCCACACCGAAACCUGCAGAAGAAGACAUUGAAAAGGGUAAAACACAAGGAAAAACGGGAAAAUCCGAAGGCUUUGAUAAAGUGGCCAAUAAGGAAACGGAUAAGACUUCUUCAUGUGUGAUUGAAUUGAAAUCAGUGUGGCUUAAUUUUGCUGCACCUCCGUGUGUGCCUAUAACGCGAAAAAUUGAUCUAACAAGACUCGAUUGGAAUCUAUUGAGUACAGCCUCGCCGGCUAUAACAGCGUGGAUGAAUCCCAGCAACAGAUUGGCCAUUAAAAUUGUUGCAUUACUUAAGGCCUUGCAUUCCAGACAAACAUCUGUCGCAGCUUGUUUAAUGGCCGAUGCUUUGGAGAAUGAGCAAAUUCAAAGGAAUCCCAAAAUUAAGAAGAGCCGUUAUGCCAAUAACUACACCCUGUUAUCGAAGACACUACAGGAAGAUCCUAGCUGUCAAUUGUGUUUCAUAAUGCAAAAAUUAGUUCUCGAUGAAGGUGUUAAAAAGGUCGAAAGGAUUUUCAAACAAGGAGAUGUACCUCACCUUAACACUUUAAGACAGGGUAUCAUUGUUUUAAGUCGCCAAUGGAAAAACACUCUCUACAAUCCUAUACUGUUUGAACAUCAGUAUAAAAAUAAAUUGGCACGACCCAUUAAUGUCACAUUUUCAUUCCCACAAAACGAAGAGGAAUGCGAGGAUCCUGAAUGUGAAGGUGAUAAUGAUUUAGGGGCUUAUGCUGGUGUUGGAGACAAUCCCGAAGAGAGUGAGAAUGCUUUAUUACUUGGGCAAACACAGCAUCAUCGAACUCAUAUUGAUUCCAACCAAUUUGGUAUGGGCUUCACUACAGACGGCGUAUUACAUGGAUCUCAACGAUCAACAUCGACAUCACCCAAUAUACAUUUGCCCCGCAAAGGCAAAAAUUUACAUAAAGGCUCAACCUAUUCACAUGGAAAUUCUUCCCGUUCCAGCAUUCAAAUGUUGCCCAUAAUAUCGGGUUUGGUGGAUAAACAAACGGCGGAAAUAGAAUAUGGGGCUUUACAAGAGGGCUCUAUAAGUUCCACCAAUUCUGUAAAUAAAUUUUGGUUAGGUCCAUCGGAUAAUCAAAAAGAAGACCUGUAUUUUUGGAUGGCUAAACAACAGGAAAAUAAGAAAAAGGAAGCCUUUGCUGAAAAGGAAAUUUUACGACCCACACCGGUGAACAAAAUGCCAGGAAAUGUACUAAAGCCGGGAAUAAUGCAGGAUUCGAUUACUUUGCUUGAUGCCCAUUUAAUUUUUGAACCUUUACUUACUUGUCUGGGAGUGAUGCCGCAACAAAUGAUCAAUAAGUUUUCCAAUACAGAUAUAUCUUCUCUCGAAAAUUUCGGCACCAAUCUAUCAUUAAUCGGCACUUUUGAUUCCAUACGUGUUGACAUUGUUGUCUCUGAGGCCGGUGACAAAAAUAAGGCUAAAACUACAAAAUUGUCCAGCAAAAAACCCAAUGGAAGGCCAUCUAUAAUGAUGGAUACCCCUUUGUUUUUAUGUGAACGUGUUGGCAUUGAAUUGGAAGUUUUAAAAAUGUCCGAUGGCAUGGUGGACCAGGCUAGGCAAAAUGUCAUCUACAUGUCGAGAAGGCAAAUGAAAAAACAUACAAGUACUGUGAUUAAUUUUAGCAUAAAUAUACGAUUUAUAUCGCAACAGGUCAAUAUGCCCCUUCUGCGUUUACUACAUCAAAUAACCAAUAUGUAUCAAAAUGUUAAGGAUGCCCAAAAUGAGUUCCACGAUCAGCCAGACAUCAGUAAGAAAUCAAAUGCCAAAGACGAAUAUAGCUUGGCGUCGGAGCCCAAUGACAUUAUGCCUUUUGGCUCUGUAACAGAUCGAUUUAAUCACAAUGAGAAUUCCUCAGAUGAACGUUAUGACAAAUUCAAUGAGAUGGCUACCAUGACACAUACGGCGGGUAAUAAAAUGAGACCUCUUAUUCAACUCACUCCCUCGCCUAGUGCUAAAAAUCGACCCCAAUCGUUUGCCCAAAAACUAAGAUCCACUGGAAAAUCGGUAAAGGGCAAGUUGGGCUACACUAAUCUCAAUGAGUCAUCCUCAUCGCCCUUGCGUGAUAGUCCCACCACAUCGGUGUCUGAGCAUCACAUGUUUAAACUCUCAUUGGAAUCCAAAGCCUCUCUGAAUGGUGCUUGCGCAACAAGUGUUAGUGGGGACUAUAAUACCAUGACCAAAAAUGGGUUUACAGCCAUUAUUCCCCCUAUGUUGGAUACACCGAAUUGUUGGAAAACAAUUUUCCAUUUAUUGGAAUUAUAUGGUACCAUGCCUGAGACUAAAACGGUACAACAAAGGAUUUCGUUGACCAAUGAAAAGAAGUCUUUUAGUGCAUACAAUCGACAAGAGACACGUAACGACGAGGAUGAUAUGACUAGUGCUCCAACACCAUUGCCACAGCAUAAGGAAAUUUUCGAUAGUAUAUCGCAGGAGAAAACACGUUUAAUUGUGUUUGGGGUAGCCAAGAUACAUAAAACGAGAUUGUUGGCCACACUAAGUGGGUUGAAAUUGGAAGCGGAAAUUACUACUCUAAAUGGUUCGGCAACUUGGCGUAAAAAAGCCAGACCGGUGUCAUUGGAAUGUUCUUUGACCGGUCAAGUGGGAAGAGCUAUGAUUGUUCUACUGGAAGGAGUAGCUCCAAACCAGCAAACCGUUGUCAAGGUGACUGUGGGUAAAAGUCAGACCCUUUAUUCAAGCCUAACCAAGAGAAGUCGCGACAAAAAUAGCGGCCUUCUAUCCAUAGGUCCUGUCAACAUUGAAAUUCCACAACAUCCAGUCGCCUUGCAUGGCAUGAUGACCCGUUCUUCGAAGCAGCUUUCCUCUACCCUGCAAGAACUUCGAGUGGGGCGUAAUUCAGGACGUACUGCUUCGAGGACCCACAAUGUCGAUGAACCAGAAUCUCCAUUCCAUUCACGUAACUCUGGCUCCAAUAUGGACACUAAGGAGAAACCACAAACUCACCCUCGUAAAUUCAAUACUCACACCCGCUCACAACCUCAGCAAAAUGGUUUAUUACAGCCGCUGGUGAUGCAAUUCAAUGUCCUGCUACAAUCUCUGUCUAUCAAUGCAGCUUUGUUGCCCUCACUGCAGGCCCAAUAUCGUAUGAACCAUGUCAGUUCUACGGGUGUGUCUGGAAAUCGUGCAAAAUUUGUUAUAGAUUUACCAACACAUACGCUGAGUUUUAAUACUAAAAUUCAGGUGAGGAAUGAAAUGAACUUGCCUUCGGAAGCCUGUAUUGCUUUGCCGCCAGUUCACGUUAGCGCUGAGUACAUACCGGAACAUCGCCAGGAUGAACAUGAACGUGUGGAAGGAGUAAUCCUAAGGCAAGGUGGCUAUGUAAAUGCCUCAGCUGAAAUUGGGGAAUUUGAGAGAUGUUUGACAACAGAUUUACUCAAUCAUUUGGUGUUUGUCCAAAAGGUGUUCAUGCGAGAAAUAAAUGAAGUUCUGCAAAAGGUCUAUGGCGGUGAAAAACCCGUACCUUUGUGGUCCGAAGACAGCGACAGCGGCAGUGUUCAAGAGUCUAGCUUAAAACGUAUACUAUUUUCCAUUAACGUUUCAAUGAAACGUAUACAACUGACUGCCACUACGCCCUGUAAUUCGGCAGUGCGUUUUGAAACUGGCACCCUGGAGCUACAGCUUUCGAAUCGUGUUAAGAAUGUGGGCGAAGGCAACGAUCGGAAAAUGUUCGGCAAGGCACACAUAGAUUUUAAUCUUUCGCUUGGUCAACUGAUACGAAAUGUAAUAUUUGAUGAAGCGGAACCUGAGUUUCAACAAUAUGCGUUUUUUCACACAACUAUCGGCUUACGUAAUGCAUUCCAAGAUGAAUUACUUAACGAGGAUAAAGAAUUGAUACUGUUAACGUUAAAACGUCCUUUGGUAUACAUUCAGCCGAUAGCUGUUGAUAAGGCCAUAUUAGUGUGGUUAAAUUACAAAAAUGCCUAUGAAUACUGGGCGGAGAAGAGGGCAAAUUUGAGUUAUGAAAGUGCUCAACAAUCACAACAGGUCUUUGACAGAGUGGCUUUUGGUCAAUUUAGCAACAUUGCAAGUUCCAAUUUAUCCACGUUAUUCUUGCAAUUGACAGUGGAGGACAUGGGCAUAUGUCUGCCUCUUAAUCAAGUGGCGAAUUCUUGGGGCACCAGAUCUUAUCAAGAUUUCGAGCCUAAGGGAGCUGUUGUUAUCACCUUAGAGAACACCAUAAUAUCGGCUUGCAACUCCGGUUCUCUUGUUUCGAAAGGAAAAUUCCAAGGUCUAUGCUUGCGUUUUGCGGAUGAUUUUGAGACCACACUGGAUGACUGGAAGCCAAAUUCAAGUGAACCUAUAAUGAAUGUUUGCGUUGUCUCCGAGGGUACAUAUGAAGUCUGUUCCCGUACAACCGCUGCGAAGAAAAAUGAAAAUGCAAAAUGGCUUCUAAAUGUAAAAUGGCAAAUGGAGGGAGUCGAUAUACAUUUAGACAUCAACAUUGGCAAACAAUUGUCAUCCUUGGGUCACACCCUCACCAUGUUGACAGGAUUCGAAGAUGAAGAAACCAAUCUUGACUCACCGGACAGUGAUGAAGAGGAAAAAUCUCAGCGUGAUACCUUUGGACGUCGUAGGGAAUUUGAGAAUCUGCCACCGUUUGUUUUUGAUCCUACCAUCGACUCGAAGAAGCGUUCGUUUAUGAUGGAAAAGGAGAUGGCCGAACAAUUGAAAAUUAUCAACGAUUUGCGUACAUUGGGGGCAACCCACAAUACCAUAGCCCAUGAGGAGCGAAGAUUGCAGGAACUACAGGCCAUAUGCUAUAAAUUCUUUAGGCGCGAUAUGAUUCAAAAAUGGAAGAGACCUUCAAUGCGUAGAAGCAUGAAAUCUUCACAAAGGUCCAUCUCGUUUAUUGGAUCUCAUCGUGAUCAUAUAGAAGAUGGCUUGGCCACUUAUUCGGGCAGACGUUUAGAUCCUAUAGCAUCAAAUGAUGAAAUAUCGAGUCUGCAAUCAACCCCGGCCUCCUGUCACUCUAGAAGUGCCUCACUUCGAACUACAGGUGCUAAUAGGGUAACAUUCUCUGAGACCAUGCGGCAAACUUCCUUGCCAAAUGCUGAUAGUGACGAUGAACCACAAAGCACUAACUCGCAGGAUGGGCCGACUGACACACCUCCCAGCGAAAUUGAUAUCGAUGGCACCUCAGUGGAAAUGAGGCGAAAACAUCAGUACCAACAGAAGCAACAAGAGCCCAAUAUCGAUUUUGAGCUGGACAUCAAAGUUUUGGUUAAUUCAGGAAAAUGCGUUUUGCACACCAAAGAGACAACAGACGAUAAAUUCUUUGUAUCGGGACCCACUACAGUGAAAACCCAUAAACGGGAGCGAAGUGUUGGUUAUGAUUGGGGAAGUCCCACACCAUCUCGCAGACACAGAGAUAAGAGCAAGCUGCGCUAUAAUCCUUCUAGUGCAGCAAUGCUUUCAGACUUAACCAUAUUCCAUAUACCCGGUUUGGAUGUGAAGUUGCACUAUCAGUCAAGGACGGUUGAGCAUAAUUUAAACGAAAGUUCCCGGUUGGCCAGUACCGAUAGCCAUCAAUCAAUGAUGUCCGGUACAAACAGACGUCUAAGCACUAAAAGAGCUUCUCUGUUUGCUUGGAUGACAUUGCAAUCCAUACCCGAGGAGACCAUUAUUUCACCACACAUCUUGGAGUUCUUGGAACAAACCCUGGAACCCAUACCCACAAAGGCUGAACAGAGUAGCGGUUCGCAGACACCCUCAAAUAAUGCCGUCAAUUUGGAUAUAUUACCUGCCAAUUAUGUGACAUAUGCCUCAUUUCCAGUUGAUGUCAUUGUCUAUUUCCAUAUGCAGCCAUCGACUUUCCGCUUCUCUUGUUUACCCGUUUCAAGGGUGGAAUGUAUGUUGCAAUUGCCAAGUCUGGAUAUAGUCUUCUCAUCGAAACGCUCAGCUGAUGAAGAUAACCAAAAUCCCUUCGACAACAACCCCAAUACAGCAACACCUUCUUCAACUACAACAGGCAGCGACAAGGAUAAGGACAAGGAUAAGACACCUCAAGGAGGGCUUAGUGUUACAGGCUGCUUAGCAGACUUUAAUGUCUAUAUAUUCCAUCCUUAUGGUGGCAAGAAAACAAACAUCAAAGAGGCCCAAUUUUCUCCCUUGACUGAUUCGGAGAGAAAGGAUUCGUUGAGCAUCAAUGUGGAGUUUGUAAAAUUCCACAUUACCAGAUGUCGCAAAGUCUACAUAGAACCUUCAGCUUCAUCGAAGAGGUCGUUGGAUCAGUCAAAAGCUGUGGUAAGAUUCUCUACCAUCGUUGAUAUAGGCAGUGCUUCGUUUAAAUAUGAUAUGCGGCGUUUAACGGAAAUUUUGGCAUUCCCCAAAGCCUGGUACCGCCGCCGUAUUGUGCGUCGUUUGUUCCUGGGUGACCUAAGUGUGCAGCAAACUAGCAAUGACUUUGAAUAUGCCGGCACGCCUACGACGCCCAAAGAUUUCCAGAGAACUAAGACUCCGGAUAAAUCACCAGCUGAUGCAUUUUACGCCAGGGAAAAGAUGAAAUUAAAUUUGGAAAAUUCCAUGCAGACACCAACAUCUUCAGCAAGUGCCAUAAGGAAAUUGAAAUCAUUGGGAAAAUCCUCCAGCAAUGAAUCGUCCAGUACACCACCUUCAGAGAAGAACCAGAUUACCGCUUGGGAAACUUUGGUUCUAUUUGCCGUGAACUUUACCAAGCUGAAUGUUCAAAUGAACAUGGGCAAUGUUAUGGGUAAUGUGGUGUGGCUUACAAAAGAUUUCCAAUCAGAUGGGCGACUUUCCAUUGGCAGUACGGGCUAUAAGAAUAUGUAUAUUGGCAUUUACUUGGGGGGUUCUUCUUUGGAUGCCAAGGGUGGCAUUGUAGGUGGUAGUUUUGAAGUGAAUAAAAUCAAUAACCGUUUUCACAUUAAAGAGGAGUCUGGCGUUGAACCAUGUCACACAAUUCGUUUGAGUUUUAUGGCGCUGGAGCUACGACUGGAUUACAUGGGCACUUCGGUGCUAAUGACAAGAAUAAGUUCCUUUUCGGCAGCUAUGAAGGAUGAGUGGAAAACAUCUCUGUUGAAAUCGUGUGCUACCGACGAUGCCAGUGUCGCUCCCAAAGCAAUAAUAUUCGUGCAUGGAGACCUUUCCUGGGAUCAGCUGCAAAUCAUGAUAUCCAAAUCAACUACUGCCGAUUUACUUAAAAUGUAUUACAAACUGGAAGAGUUUUUCACUCAGCAAUUUAAAUCAUCAAAACGUGUGUUCUCCAGUCUGGAGCCACGACUGCAUGAACGCAAUACCAGCAUGAAACGUCGCCAACAUAUGAAGAAGAAGAUUAGUGGUGGUGGUGGUGGAAAUGAGGCCCCAUGCCUUGACAUUGGCAACACCGAUGCUCGACACCAUAGGCAUUGGCAGAAGCCCCUGGAGAUUGUGGCAGGCCUCGUUGUGCCCACAUUGGUAACACGACUGCCACGUAAUGGUAAUGUUUUAGGUGGCUCCGUUAAACUACAUGGCAAUAACAUCUCAUUGGCCUGUUUCCAUGGCAUUAAUUUCAAAUCAAAGUCAUGGGCUUUGUUCAGCCUAAAGUCGCCAUUUAUUAACUUCACUACUGAGGCCCAUCAGGAUUCAGACACCAGAGAAGUGUUUGUAACACAAACAUUAACCUCAUGCUUGGGCCAGAACGCUGAGGGUCAACAACAAAAUCAUUCAAUGGCUAUUGUUAGUCGUAUUUCGAGAAAUAUUGUAUUUCCACCACAAUUUAAGACAUUGAAUGAAUGGUUCCAUUAUGCAUUUGCUAAUAGCGAAAUUGAUGCUGUUGAUCGAUUCCCCAUUUUGGAAUGUGAUCGCGAAAUAGCUUCGAAUUCCAUAGAGCGUGCCAGAUCAGCCAGUUCCUCUACUGCCAGUUCCACCAAGUCGCAGGAUCGUGAAGUAAUAUUUGCCUUGCCAAGUCUUCACUUACAUUUUAGAACUGAGCACAAGCAAGGACCCUCUACACCACAGCCAUCAGAUAUAAAACCAGAAGUUAUCUGCAGUUUUACUACAGAAUUCGAUGAUCACAUAUUUGUGACUGUUGAUGCUGAUGCUUUCUUCUUUUUGCAUGAUUUAAUAACAUCCUAUGUCAAAGAAAAGGAAAAAGUGAUCGGAGCUCAGUCUGCGCGUGCUGCUUCGCCGAAUUUAUCUCAAAAUCUAAAACAUCAACUGAAACCUUAUGUCGCCGAUGAAAUUCACAAAGAACCACAGAACUUGCAAUCAAACUCAAAUACCUCAUCGGCUUCAAAUACUCUCUCAUCCAAAAAUGCAAGUUCUACAGCACUGGAUAUAAAUCAAUCGCAACAGUCCAUGACAGCACAACAUUUGACAAGUAGUAAUCACAACAUAAACAACGAUACCAAAGACUCAACAACAAAUAAAGCAUCAAACAUUAACAUGAAUCCAACAAGCACCGCUGCACCAAUUCUCUCCCACACUAACAGUAAUAGCGCCACAAGUGCGACAGCGGCAUCUGCAAGUAGCAGUCAAAAUCAACCAUCCACGUCUCAAAAUACAGCAACUGGUGAUAGUAGUAACGAUACAGAUUUAGAAUCAUUUUUCCGUGAUUGGCGGCAUUUCGAGUGCCAGACAUGGCAUUUGGAGCCCACGGUGCGCAUUUUAUAUUGGGCUGGUAAAUCCAUUGAACCAUAUGGCAUUGAUUACAUACUCAACAAGCUGGGAUUCAGCCAUGCUCGAACCACCAUACCCAAAUGGUUGCAAAGGGGUUUCAUGGACCCCUUGGACAAGGUACAGGCUUUAAUGAUGCUGCAAUUGCUUAAUAUGAUUAGGGAAAAUAAACAAGAGUCUAGCACGAAAAAUAACAAAAAUUAAGAGAAAAAUAAAUUAUAUCGAUUGAGAUAAUACAUAUACUACAGACUAUAGCUUGAAAUUAGUUUCGAAAUAUUACACAUACAUGUGGUAGUUUAAACAGGCAUACAUAAUUACAUGCAUAUACCAUAUAUAAUACCAAUACCAAGUAACUUUUAUGGCAAUAUAUAAUAUAUAUACCUACAUCUAAUAGUCCUGACUCUCUUACUCUAUAUAAAAUUCUCUUAUAUCGUUUAAUCGAUCUUUUUUCUAACGAAGAUCCCUGUGUUAGUUUAAUCCUUAAGCUAUUAGUUGAAAUUUAAAUAUAUAUUUAUAACUUUGUAUAAUGUAUGUAAGCUUUUGUAUAAGAUUAAUAAACAAAAAAAAAACUAAAAAAGAAACGAAAAAAGAACAAUGCGAGAGGUGAUGUUAUGUAUUCGUAGCCAUUUUCUACUUUCAUUGUCUAUAUACCGUAUAUACACUUAUAUAAAUAUUUAAAAAAAAUACCUAUUUACUACUGGAACAAACUAAUACUCGAAGUAUUAAUGUAGAGGAAAAUCAUUAUCAAAAAGAAAAAGAUCAAGCAUCAAAGUAUCUACAAUUUAUAUAUAUUAAAUAAUUUUUUAGUAUUUAAUUAGCCAAAAAAAUAUAUUCUGCCUUUUUUGUAUUGAGUUUUGUUUGUUGAAUAUUCCUUAGCAUAUUUUUUAGUUUUAAAUUUUUUUGUUUGUUUUAAGUGAAUGUGAAGGUAACCCAUUUUAAUUUAUAUAAAAAA